AGACUCUAGCCCACUAAAAUGGCUCCCAAAUAUUUUUGAGAUGUCUGGCUGAUAAUUUCAUAAAGAGUUGCUGUACAGAGCGUUGCUGCACAUAUAUUAUGCUAGACGUCUGAACCACCAUCACUAUGGGGGAAGUUAGGGAGGGGUUUCUAUGCCCCAUGUGUAUGCAGGACCUGGGGACAGUUGUACAGUUACAAGAUCAUUUUGAAGUUGCCCAUUCCAAUGAAGAUAAGAAGGUUGUUGAGCAACUGAAAGGUCUUUUCGCUAAGGCUAAAAAGAAGAUCUUGAAUAAACAGGAGUCGGAGGAAUCAAUAUUGUACAAUGCUGACCCCACUGGGUCUGGGCCAUCCAGCUUAGAGCCACCUGGUGGCAGCAGCACAACUCUUGGGGGCACUGGGGCAAUAUCUGGAAUAGAUCCUUCUAUGUGGGAACCACAGGAAUUAGGUAUCACUAGGUCUCACACAGAUUACAUGAAGAGAAUCCGGGAUGCCAGAAUUGACCGAUUUGUAGUAGAAACAAACAAACUCCUCAUACGAUUGGAUAAACUUAUAGGCCCAGAUUGUCCCCAAGAUGCAGGGAAAAGAAAAGCCUAUGAGAAGAGUAUCGUACAAUGGGCACCAGACAAAGAUGUUGCAUUUUGUAUCACAUGUGGAAAGAAAUUUGGUCUUAUGGUUCGGAGACAUCAUUGUAGACUUUGUGGUGGAAUUAUGUGCAAUAAAUGCUCCCAGUUUCUACCUUUCGAACUCGCACAAACAUUAACCAAUCCAGCCUAUGUGCCUGAAAAUGAGAUGGGCAUGGGCUUCAAGAGAUCCGGUAGCAACACUAGUCUGAACUCAAUGAUUAGCCCAGAGGGGGAACAGCACAUGAGAACCUGUUGUGAGUGCAGGAAACUUUUAGAGUUACGCUACAAACAACAACUGCAGAGGACAACUAAACCUAUUUUAGUGCAAUUUUAUGAGAAACUGAGGAUGAAUGUUGAUAAAGCAGAAUCCAUGUUGCCAAAAUAUCUAGAAAUGGCAGAGUCAUUAAGUGCUGGUGAGAAUACAUACCGUUUGCCCGAGGCCCAAGAUUUACGGACCAAAGUUCUGAAACUGUAUGAAGCAAUUGAUGUGAUCAGUAAACGAAUAGCUGGUCUUGGUAUGAACCAGGAAGAACUUCCAUCACCUAAGACGCAGAAAUUACAAAAGACAGUGCGAGCAUUCGCCAGCAUGUACCUUCAAGAGCACAUGAUGGGCCUCCAACCCUUGCCUAAUGAACAAGAACUUAAAAAACUUCAAGAAGCUCGAAAAAUUGAAAUCGAGCGUAGAAUCGCGCAGGAGCGUCAGAUUAUGAUAGAGCGUGAACAGAAGCGUUUAGAGGAAAAACAACGUAAGGUUAGAGAAAAAGGACACGUUAGAAACCAGAGUGCAGAUAGUGGUCUCCCUUCAGGGGGUGGGGCUGCAAAGCGGGAGGGGUCAGGGGGUUGGAAACCAAUGGAGGUUCAGACUCGCGAGACUGACGAUGACCCUAUGGUUCAGCAAAUGAACAUUAUUCGGGGGUACAUCAAGCAGGCCUUGGAUGCUGAGCGUAUGAGUGAAGUGGAAAUGUUUCAGACUAAUCUUAAGGAAUUGCAACAGGCAUAUCUAGCACAGCAAUCUAUGAAAGCUAGACCGAAAUAGAACUCAUGUGUAUCAUUGUAUCAAAAAUAUAUGUUUUUAAAAAGAAGUACCCAUGUCAGCAGUCAAUUGUAAUCAUUCAGACAUCGAUUCUGAGCACCAACAGGUUAUGAAAAUCAAAUUCGAUGCCACCUCUUUUCUGCCUGUUUGAUUAAUUGGGAUUAGAUUGUGUCAGGUGUAAUCCGAUUUACGUUAUAUUUCAUCACAAUAAGCAGUAUAAUUGAUCUGUGAUGAAUAUUAUUAACAUGUUAAUUUAUAAUAUUUAAUUAUAUAAGCUCACUUGUUCAUAGAUGUCUCUUGUCUAGACAUCUUGUACUCAAUGUACAUGUAUAUGAUUUGUACAACAUUCGAUAUUGUCUUAAAAGUUUGGCACCGAAUUUUACUUACUCGCUCCACCUUGUUAAAUGCUACCCACCUACCAUUUAUGUAUUGACAAAACACACUUUCUGUAAGUGCGUUUUUUGUCUCAAAAUGGGUACAGGAAAAGUGAUAUUCACUUUUAAUUAACCACAGUGCCUUUACUAUUACAGU